GCCGCCGCCGCCCCCGCCGCCCUGCCCUGCGGCUCGCGGGCCGGGGGCCUGGGCUCGGGCGCCCCUGGCCGCCCCUGAGCGCGCCGCCGCCCGCACCAUGGUGCAGAAGCCGCGCAACGGCGGCGUGUACCCCGGCCCGAGCGCCGAGAAGAAGCUCAAGGUGGGCUUCGUGGGUCUGGACCCCGGCGCGGCCGACAGCACCCGCGAUGGCGCGCUGCUCAUCGCCGGCGCCGAGGCCUCCAAGCGCGGCAGCAUCCUCAGCAAGCCGCGCGCGGGCGCGGGCGCCGGGAAGCCCCCGAAGCGCAACGCCUUCUACCGCAAGCUGCAGAACUUCCUCUACAACGUGCUGGAGCGGCCGCGCGGCUGGGCCUUCGUCUACCACGCCUACGUGUUCCUGCUGGUGUUCUCCUGCCUCGUGCUCUCCGUGUUCUCCACCAUCAAAGAGUACGAGAAGAGCUCGGAAGGCGCGCUCUACAUCCUGGAAAUUGUAACCAUCGUGGUGUUCGGCGUGGAGUAUUUUGUGCGGAUCUGGGCCGCGGGCUGCUGCUGCCGGUACCGCGGCUGGAGAGGGCGGCUCAAGUUCGCCCGGAAACCCUUCUGUGUGAUCGACAUCAUGGUGCUCAUUGCCUCCAUUGCGGUGCUGGCCGCCGGCUCCCAAGGCAACGUCUUCGCCACGUCCGCGCUCCGCAGCCUGCGCUUCCUGCAGAUCCUCAGGAUGAUCCGCAUGGACCGGCGUGGCGGCACCUGGAAGCUCCUGGGCUCUGUGGUCUAUGCCCACAGCAAGGAGCUGGUCACCGCCUGGUACAUCGGCUUCCUGUGCCUCAUCCUGGCCUCGUUUCUGGUGUACUUGGCCGAGAAGGGUGAGAACGACCACUUCGACACCUACGCAGACGCGCUCUGGUGGGGCCUGAUCACCCUGACGACCAUUGGCUACGGGGACAAGUACCCCCAGACCUGGAACGGGAGGCUCCUGGCGGCAACAUUCACCCUCAUUGGCGUCUCCUUCUUUGCUCUUCCUGCCGGCAUUUUGGGGUCUGGCUUUGCCCUGAAAGUUCAGGAGCAACAUCGGCAGAAGCACUUUGAGAAGAGGCGGAACCCUGCCGCAGGCCUGAUCCAGUCUGCCUGGAGGUUCUACGCCACCAACCUGGCGCGCACGGACCUGCACUCCACGUGGCAGUACUACGAGCGCACGGUCACCGUGCCCAUGUACAGCUCACAAGCUCAAACCUACGGGGCCUCCAGACUGAUCCCCCCGCUCAACCAGCUGGAGCUGCUGCGGAACCUCAAGAGCAAAUCCGGCCUCACAUUCAGGAAGGAGCCGCAGCCGGAGCCGUCCCCCAGUAAAGGCAGGACGUGCAGAGAGGGCCUGUGCGGAUGCUGCCCUGGACGCUCUAGUCAGAAGGUCAGUUUGAAAGACCGUGUCUUCUCCAGCCCCCGAGGUAUGGCUGCCAAGGGGAAGGGGUCCCCGCAGGCUCAGCCCAUCAGGCGGUCGCCCAGCGCCGACCAGAGCCUGGAGGACAGUCCGAGCAAGGUGCCCAAGAGCUGGAGCUUCGGGGACCGCAGCCGCGCACGGCAGGCCUUCCGGGUCAAGGGCGCCGCGUCACGGCAGAACUCAGAAGAAGCAAGCCUCCCCGGGGAGGACAUCGUGGAUGACAACAAGAGCUGCACUUGCGAGUUCGUGCCCGAGGACCUGACCCCGGGCCUCAAAGUCAGCAUCCGGGCCGUGUGCGUCAUGAGGUUCCUGGUGUCCAAGCGGAAGUUCAAGGAGAGCUUGCGGCCCUACGACGUGAUGGAUGUGAUCGAGCAGUACUCAGCCGGCCACCUGGACAUGCUGUCCCGCAUCAAAAACCUGCAGUCCAGGAUAGAUAUGAUUGUGGGCCCCCCACCCCCUUCAACUCCCCGGCACAAGAAGUACCCCACCAAAGGACCCACGGCCCCUCCGAGAGAGUCACCCCAGUACUCGCCUAGAGUGGACCAGAUCGUGGGGCGGGGCCCGGCGAUGACCGACAAGGACCGGACCAAGGGCCCGGCGGAAGCAGAGCUGACGGAGGACCCCAGCAUGAUGGGCCGGCUGGGCAAGGUGGAGAAGCAGGUCCUGUCCAUGGAGAAGAAGCUGGACUUCCUGGUCAGCAUCUACACGCAGCGCAUGGGGAUCCCGCCCUCGGAGACCGAGGCGUACUUCGGGGCCAAGGAGCCCGAGCCCGCACCGCCCUACCACAGCCCCGAGGACAGCCGCGACCAGGGGGACCGCAGCGGCUGCAUCGUCAAGCUCAUCCGCUCCACCAGCUCCACCGGCCACAAGAAUUUCGCGGCGCCCCCGGCCGCGCCCUCCGCCCAGUGCCCGCCCUCCACUUCGUGGCAGCCUCAGGGCCAUCCACGCCAGGGCCACGGUGCCUCGCCCGUGGGGGCCCACGGCCCGCUGGUGCGCAUCCCGCCGCCGCCCUCCCACGAGCGCUCGCUGUCCGCCCACAACGGCGGCCGGGCGGGCGCCGAGGGCCUGCGGCACGAGGGCGCGCUGCGCGACAGCGACACGUCCAUCUCCAUCCCGUCCGUGGACCACGAGGAGCUGGAGCGCUCCUUCAGCGGCUUCAGCAUCUCCCAGUCCAAGGAGAACCUGGACGCACUCAACAGCUGCUACGCGGCCGCGGCGCCCUGCGCCAAGGUCAGGCCCUACAUCGCGGAGGGCGAGUCGGACACGGACUCGGACCUCUGCACCCCCUGCGGGCCGCCGCCCCGCUCCGCCACGGGCGAGGGCCCCUUCGGGGAGGUGGGCUGGGCCGGGCCCCGGAAAUGAGGCCCGUCGCUUCUCCCUGACUCCUGGCCUGGAGGGGGCGAGGCGGACCCUCCGGUGCCCAUGCCUGAAGCGGCGGCGGCAGUGAGGCUCCCGUCUUCACGGUGGAGGUUAACGGAAGUCCUUUCCCAACAGUGGCACUCAGGCCGCAUGCCCGCUCUGCAGACCCCGGCCCACGUGUGCGAGGGCGGGUGUCGGCAGAGGACGGCCCGGGUACAGGCUGGAGGGGUGGAGUCAGGGAGCGGGCCAGAGUGAGGGUGCCCGGGCGGGACAGGCCUGUGCCCUGGAGGUGUGUCCCGGUGCGCUGCCGGGAGGACGCCCCUAGCCUCCCAGUGCCACCCGCUGCGGUCUGAGUGCCCGAGAGGAGGGG